AUGUUCAAUAAGAUCGCCCAGUACCGAGUUUUAAGCACCAUUGAUCUCCAAAGUGCGUAUCAUCAAGUACCAAUUAAGGAUGAAGACAAGCUGUACACAGCCUUGGAAGCUCGGCACGACUUGUAUCACUUUACUCGCUUGCCAUUUGGCGUCACUAACGGUGUGGCUUGUCUCCAGAGAGAGAUGAUGAUGUUUGCUGCAGAGAAUAAUCUUGAGGCAGUUUUUCCGUACCUUGACAAUGUAACUGUUUGUGGUUUGCUAUGCCUUGUUUUGAAAAUAACUGAUACAAAGUAUUCGAACCCUCGAAGGGAAGAUCUUUCGAAAGAAGACGAAACAGAGCGGCAGAUGAUGUCCGAGGUGCGCGAACAGUUUCGUUCAAAUAUGGAAGGCAAGGACACAACCCAUGGCCUUUAUUAUCAUCUUCAGUCACUUGGAUUAAAUGUAAAAGCGGCAGAGGAUGGAAGUUUAAAAAUAACAGUGGAGUGUCGUACAUUGAAAGUUCUUCAGUGCCUAUGGGAGGAAUACACCUCCGGUUGUCUUAAUACAACUGCUGAGAGUUACUUUUUGACAGAUGACAUGAAGAGAAGAUAUAAUGUGACAUCUGUCAGCUUGAAAACAACAAUUUUGGAAGAGGAUUACUUGGCGUGCAAAAAUUUUCUCGUUGCUCACGAGAAUCAACAAUUAUCAACAAAUAAAGGAGAAUAUUUGUCCCAGGUUCAGACCGAGACGGCUUUUACACCUGACAUUCCUGCCGCUGAAAAAGUUGGAUCCGGAGCCAGUGGACUAAAUU